UUUUUUUUUUUUUUUUUUUUUUUUUUUUUUUUUUUUUUUUUUGAGACGGAGUUUUGCUCUGAUCGCCCAGGCUGGAGUGCAAUGGUGCAACUGCAACCUCCACCUCUGGUGUUCAGCGAUUCUCCAGCCUUGCCUCCUGAGUAGCUGGGCCUACACGCAUGCGCCGCCACGCACGGCUAAUUUUUUAUUUUUUUAUUUUUUAUUUUUUUUUAGUAGAAACGGGUCUCACCAUGUUGGCCAGGCUGGCCUCAAACUCCUGACCUCAGAUGAUCCACCCGCCUCAGCCUCCCAAAGUGCUGGGAUUACAGGCGUGAGCCACCACGCCGGCUUAGUAAAUCUUAAUAUAGCAACACCUCACUUGCCUGGAAGAGGGAACCGCAAUCAAUCAAAAUGAGGGCCUACAGUAAUGCCUGGCAUGAUGCAAACACUUAAAAAUUAUCUGUUGAAUGAGACGUCUACAAAUCCUAGGCCCUGGGGAUACAAUAAUCUGGAAAACCAGACUUGCAGGAUGCAGACGUUGAUCAUAUGAACAGAUAUGCACAGAAGAAUCAGUUUAGACUUGAAAUUCAGUAUUUCCUGAAACUGAUCAGAAGUUAGUGACACCUUGAUUGGAUCCGUUUUUCUGUCAGGAGCUCAUUUUGCAGCUCUCAAGCUUUUAUAGCAUGCUGUAAACAAUUGUCAAAGUUGUUUAUCAAGAAACAGAUAGAGUUGCAACUUGUUUCUAGUAAUAGAAACUUUUACACUGCAUUCAAUGCCUAACGUUGCAGAAACAGAAAGGUCAAGUGAUUCUGGAAAUGGUGAGCACAAAUCUGAGAGAAAGUCACCUGAAGAGAAUCUACAAGGUGCUGUAAAAUCUUUCUGCACAAGUGCCUCAGGAGCACCCUUGGGUCCCAAAGGAGAUGGUCAUUAUCCAUGGAGUUGUCCAGUGACUCAUACACGGGAAAAAAUUUAUGCCAUCUGUUCAGACUAUGCCUUUCUCAACCAGGCGACCUCAAUCUAUAAAACUCCAAAUCCAUCCCGCUCUUCUUGCCUCCCUGAUAGUACCUCUUUAUCUGCUGGAAAUAAUUCAUCAAGAUACAUUGGUAUCCCGACUAGUACAUCGGAAAUUAUCUACAAUGAAGAAAAUAGCUUGGAAAACUUAUCCAACAGCCUGGGCAAGCUACCUCUCGCAUGGGAAAUUGAUAAAUCUGAAUUUGAUGGGGUGACCACAAAUUCGAAACACAAAUCAGGCAAUGCAAAGAAACAAGUUUCCAAGAGAAAAACUUCAGAUAAAAAGCGAAGAUAUCAGAAGGAAUGUCCUCAGCAUUCUCCUCUUGAAGAUAUUAAACAGCGGAAAGUAUUGGACCUCAGACGAUGGUACUGCAUAAGCCGACCACAGUAUAAGACUUCUUGUGGUAUCUCCUCAUUAAUUUCUUGUUGGAAUUUCUUAUACAGCACAAUGGGAGCUGGAAACCUUCCACCUAUUACCCAAGAAGAAGCUUUACAUAUUCUGGGCUUUCAACCUCCAUUUGAAGAUAUUAGGUUUGGUCCUUUCACGGGAAAUACAACACUUAUGAGGUGGUUUAGACAAAUUAAUGACCACUUCCAUGUAAAAGGAUGCUCUUAUGUUCUAUAUAAGCCUCAUGGGAAGAAUAAAACAGCAGGAGAAACUGCUUCAGGGGCCCUGUCAAAGUUAACCCGUGGAUUGAAAGAUGAAUCGCUGGCUUAUAUCUAUCAUUGCCAAAAUCAUUAUUUUUGUCCAAUUGGCUUCGAAGCAACCCCUGUUAAAGCUAAUAAAGCAUUCAGCAGGGGACCUCUCUCGCCACAGGAAGUUGAAUAUUGGAUCUUAAUUGGAGAAUCAAGUAGAAAACAUCCUGCCAUUCACUGUAAAAAAUGGGCAGAUAUUGUUACUGAUCUAAACACUCAAAAUCCGGAAUACCUGGAUAUCCGGCACUUAGAGAGGGGACUGCAGUAUAGAAAAACAAAGAAGGUUGGGGGAAAUUUGCAUUGCAUCAUAGCAUUCCAGAGACUUAGUUGGCAAAGAUUUGGCCUUUGGAACUUUCCAUUUGGAACCAUUAGACAAGAAUCACAACCUCCAACACAUGCCCAGGGAAUUGCCAAAUCUGAGAGUGAAGACAAUAUUUCCAAGAAGCAGCAUGGGCGUCUGGGCCGGUCUUUCAGUGCUAGUUUCCAUCAGGACUCAGCAUGGAAAAAGAUGUCUAGUAUCCAUGAGAGAAGGAACAGUGGUUACCAGGGUUACAGUGAUUACGAUGGGAAUGAUUGACUAUGCUUGGUACUGAACAGCUGGCAUUAUAUAUGAAACUGCUAUAUACAGGACUGUAUAAAGACAGUAGAAGAUUUUAGUAAGCCUACAUUAAAUAGGAGCAGAUCUUGUGGUAUAAAAAAUAACCUUGUAGUUCUCCAGAUACUAAGCUUGUAUAUGAUUAUGGUGGGUGAUUUCAGAUAUAUAAGCAGAUAAGCACAGAUUAUUGUCCUUUCAAGUUAAGAGUAUAAAAUCUGGACAGAAAAUUUCACAAAAUUCAAUAAAAUUACAACUGUUGUCUAAAUAAGUGAAACACAAAUUCACUUAAUAGCAUCAAGAUUUGAAAUACUUAAGCAUGAAGUGACUUUUUUAAUGACUCGAUCCCUAGACAUUUGUUACAGAUAGUUUUAUGCCUAAGACCAAGAUGUAAAGUACCAUCUGCCCUUAAAAAAAAAUUGGGGCUGUCAAUUUCUAGUUUUCACUCAUGGUUAACACACAUUUAAAAUUAUUUCAUGAGUCUAGUAGUUCUUUGAUUUAUAGCAGGAUCUUGCUUGCCUCAUUUGUUUCCUGGUUAUGUUCUUAGGAUUCUGACUAAGAGGCAAAAGAGAAAAGACUCAAGACACUGAUCCUGGAGAUCGAGACCAUCCUGGCUAACAUGGUGAAACCCCGUCUCUACUAAACAUACAAAAAAUUAGCUGGGUGUAGUGGUGGGCAUCUGUAGUCCUAGCUACUCGAGAGGCUGAGGCAGGAGAAUGGCGUGAACCCAGGAGGUGGAGCUUGCAGUGAGCGGAGAUGGCGCCACUGCACUCCAGCCUGGGCGACAGGGCAAGACUCCGUCUCAAAAAAACAAAACAAAACAAAACAAAAAACUGAUCCUUUUUUUUGGUGCAAGUGGGUGACUUAGUGCAUUGAUUCAGAUUUUUUGAAUUUCUUGAUGUGUUUUGUAAUAAUCAAAUAUUGACAAGAACCUUAGGUCUCGAAAGACUUUUAUAAGUCUAGAUGACGUUUGCCUUAGGGGUAAAGUAAAAGAACAAUUGGCACCUUAAGUUUCUAUACCCAAGGUUAUCUGUGAAACGAGAUCUCCUGAUAUUUGACUGCUCUCUCAGUAUGGAGUCAUAUGUUGAUAACAGUACUGAAGAUGCAUAAGAAAUGCCCAAGUCACUCAGAGGACAACUACCCAUAUUCCAGACUCUGAGCUGUUUCCUUUUUUAAAAUCAUACAGACAAUUAGCUGUUUGAAGUGAGUAUUAAAUAUUUCAGAAGUGUGAAUUUCAUGUAUUUGAGCUCCUCUAGUUGCUGUCGGUUUUUCUUCUGCUGCCAACCUGUGACUCACAAAUGACUAGGAUCUCUUGUUCUUUAAUUUUAGGGUCUUGUUCCAGGACUCAAAUCAGUAACUUGGUGAUUACAAGGUGCUGAAUGUGUUGGUAACCAUAUCGCAAUACACCUCAAGGAAAAGGUUCAGAUUUUUAUUUUUAAAAUAUUUUCAUUUUUUUUCUUGAAUUUUAUAUCCAUUUGUUCACUCGUACAUGCCUAGCCUACAGAAGCGGAUAUAUAUUAUGAAAUGGUCAUUUUUCUGAAGAGAAUAUUUUGCUUGAAAUGCAAAGGACUGAAAGAGAUUUGUAGGUUGUUGAUUUUGUUACUUCAUACUGGAACUUUUAAAAAGAUUUCAUCAAAUAAAGUUUUGUUUUCUACUUUUAA